UCACCUAAUCCGAAUUCGAUCCGAGAAAAUAAUUCGACGGCACAUCGAGUCCCCAGGUCGGAUCGGAGGGAAGACGAAGACAACCGCUUAAUACGACUCAAUCAGGUCUGCCAAGUCAGUCUUCCUCCAUACAUCAAUAUUCGAAUCUUCGCAACCGCCACACCUCCGCCAAAAGCAAGCCAAAAAAGCAAGCCAAGAUGGAGACGCGAUCCCUCACCCAGCUGCAGCCGCUCCUCCGCAGCGUCGCCAAAUCCUCUGCCUCAACAACUCUCGCCACGCGAGCGGCGACGAUAGCAGCACCAGCAAGAUUCCUAACCCACCACCACCAACAACACCGGCAGCAAUCAACAACAGCCCGCACGAAGCGCGCGCUGCGAAUCGCCCCGCACCCCUCCUUCCUGAACUCCUCGCAGGGCACCCACGUAAUCUACAACCCGCCGGCAUCCAAGCCGUCCGUCUACCACACGCCCUUCAAAUUCCUGCCACGCAGCGACCCGCGCCGCCGGGCAAACCUAACCCAGCUCCUGCGCACAUCCUCAGACCUCGCUAACUCCUCCUCCUCCUCCUCACCGGCAAACGACGCGGACCUACCGCCCGCGCUCCCCGAGCCGGAGCGCAAGUACAACGUGACGAAGGAGCAGGUGGCCGAGAUGCGGAUGCUGCGGGCGCGGGACCCGGAGCGCUGGAGCGUGCUGAAGCUGGCCGAGCGCUACGACUGCCAGCCCUUGUUCGUCAUGAUGUGCUGCCGCGCCAGCGCCGAGCACCACGACCGCGAGCGCCAGCGCCUCGAGGCCGUCAAGGCCCGCUGGGGCCCCAUGAAGACCGCCGCGCGCGAGGAGCGCAAGAAGAGGAAGGCGCUCUUGCUUAAGGACGCUUUAUGAUUGGGGGUUUCGCGUAAGUCCGAUAUCAAUGGCCGGAUCUGGACCUAAGCCUCUGUCUAAGUAGCGGAAGUAGGGGUCGUGGUUUUGGUCGUGGUAAGGGUAGGCGUUGGUUGGUCUCGUCUAUGCGCUCGUUCGUCUAUCUAUCUGGUUGGGUGCCUGGGUACUUCAAUCU